AACUUUUUUUUCUCUAUAAAUAGAGACUUGGUUUGAUAGAUUUGGACACAGAAAAAAAAACCAAGUUUUUCCCCAUCUUUAUUAUCUCUCUCACCAUCUUAUUAUCCUUCUAUUAGCAUUUGUUUUGAAAUGGAUCCCAACAAUCACCAUUACAACACCCAGAAUUCUUCAAGCUACCCAAUUUCCAACCAAAAUCCCAACAACUAUGAAGAUCCAAAUCAAUUUUCUUACCCACGUCCUCAAAAUCCCACCAAUUAUCAAGUCCCACAUCAAUUCUCCAACCAACGUCCUCAAAAUCCAAACUAUUUUCAAGUCCCACAUCAAUUCUCCAACCAACAUCCUCAAAAUCCAAACUAUUAUCCAGAUCCAAAUCAGUAUUCGAACCAGUCAUCAUUUGUUCCAAACUUUCAUCCAUCUUAUGGAUCUGUGAGAUAUCCAUCUCAAACACCCCAGUCUAGUGGUUAUAUGCCAAUGGUUAGUGCAAAUUUUCCUAGUGUUGAUGGACCGGAAUUUCCGGAAUUUUCAACACAAGUCAAUCUUGGUGACGGGUCAGCUGAUAAUGAAGUCAAUGAAGUCACUCCUAAGAGCAAAAAAACGCAUGCACCCGCAUGGAACACUGCACAAAAUAUGGUGCUAAUUAGUGGGUGGAUUAACUGUGGAACAAGCAGUGUUGUGGGGAAAAACCAGAAAGGAGAAACAUUUUGGAGAGAUAUUGCUGAGUAUUGUAAUGAGCAUUGCUCAUUCGAUCCUCCGCGUGAUGGAAUUGCAUGUCGAAACCGUUGGAAUUAUAUGAACAAAAUACUGGGUAAAUGGAUUGGCGCUUAUGAUGCCGCUAAGCGUCAACAAGGAAGCGGUUGGUCGGAUAAUGAUGUUUUGGCAAAAGCGCAGGAAUUAUUCGCAUGUGGGAAGAAUGUUCAAUUUACUUUGAUGGAAGAAUGGAUCGCUCUCCGUGAUCUACCACGUUUUUGUAGUCAAGUAGGAGGAAAUGGUGGCUCAGCAAGUAGUGGAUCUAAGAGAUCUCACGACAGUGAUGCAUGUGGCUCAACCACUAUAGGAUCAAUUCCUCGUCCAAUAGGUAGGGAGGCAGCUAAAAGAAAGAAUAAAAAGAAAAAACAAACUAACCAAUUGAUGAAAACCAAUUUGUAUCUCAAGCUAAGUUCUGAAGAGGAUCUCGAUGACCGUAAGAAAGAGCUGUUGAGUAAGUUGGCCCCAUACCUUCAAAAUUCUCAACUUGAAGAAGCUUUUAUACUCAACCAAUUAGGGUUGGGUCCAAACCAAAAUUUGGAAGAUAGUGCACCUCGUAGAAAGUAUGUCCGUAGAGAUCAUGCAGCAGCAAACCGAAGGCUAAUUGACGACUACUUUGUCAAUGAGCCUACAUAUGACGAUUCAAUGUUUCGUCGUCGGUACCGGAUGCAAAAACACGUUUUCCUUCGAAUCGUUGGGGACCUUUCAAGUAGUGAUAACUACUUCACCCAGCGAGUUGAUGCAGCCAAGAAAGAAGGUAUAUCACCCUUAGCAAAAUGUACCACAGCAAUGCGAAUGUUAGCAUAUGGUGUGGCAGCAGAUGCAGUCGAUGAGUACAUCAAAAUAGGAGGUACUACAGCACUGGAGUGUUUACGUAGAUUCUGUAAUGGAAUCAUACGAUUGUAUGAGCACGAGUACCUGAGAGCACCAACUCAAGAGGACCUGCAAAGAAUACUACAGGUUAGUGAACAAAGGGGGUUCCCAGGCAUGAUCGGGAGUAUUGACUGCAUGCACUGGGAGUGGAAAAAUUGUCCUAAAGCAUGGGAAGGUCAAUUUACUAGAGGGGAUAAGGGAACCACUACAGUUAUUCUUGAAGCAGUUGGAAAGGCUCCAACUGUGAGUUUCAUUGUGAAUCAACGUCCCUAUAAUAUGGCAUACUAUCUAGCUGAUGGUAUCUACCCUUCUUAUCCAACUUUCGUCAAAUCGAUCAGACUUCCUCAAAGUGAACCGGAUAAGUUGUUUGCACAAGUUCAGGAGAGAUGUCGGAAGGACAUCGAACGUGCAUUUGGAGUUCUUCAAGCUCGUUUUAAAAUCAUCCGUGAACCAGCUCGUUUGUGGGACAUAGCUGAUUUGGGUAUCAUUAUGAGGUCAUGCAUCAUAUUACAUAAUAUGAUUGUUGAGGAUGAACGAGAUACAUUUGCUCAACGUUGGACCGAUUUUGAGCAAUCUGGAGAAGGUGGAUCUAGUACACCGCAACCAUACUCGACCGAGGUGUUACCCGCUUUUGCAAAUCAUGUGCGUGCUAGAUCCGAGUUGCGUGAUUCGAACGUUCAUCACGAACUGCAAGCAGAUCUAGUGAAGCACAUAUGGACAAAGUUUGCAAAUGCUUCGUGAUGGAAGAUGAUUUGUAUCGUACUAAUUACGUUAUUUGUGUGUUGUGUGCUUAGUUUGUUGUCUUGCAUUUUAAGUUAAGAAAAUAAA